AUGUGUGAUUUUUUUGAAGACAUCCCGGCCAAAGUGGACUGCCAGUUUGGCAAUUAUGCCCUCCUCAGUAAAAUCGGGAGGGGCUCCUUUGGCCAGGUGAGACUGGCCCGGCACCUCAUAACCAGCAUGAAGGUGGCGGUGAAAAUAGUCAACUGUGAAGAUCCCGCAGACGUGGCCGAAGAAAUUGAUUGUCUGAAAGAACUAAACCACCCGAACAUCAUAAAACUAUUUGAGGUGGUCAACACCAACCACCAGGUAUACAUGUUUAUGGAAUAUGCCCGGGGAGGUACCUUAUACAAUUAUCUAAAGAAGUGGGGUCCUAUCUUGGAGACGGAAGCACAAGCCCCAUUCCGGCAGCUGCUGUCGGCUGUCCACUACUGUCACCAAAAACAUAUCGUCCACCAUGACAUAAAACCCGAAAACAUCCUGCUGGACAUGGGGUUGAAUAUCAAACUGGCUGACUUCGGACUGAGUGCUGUGUUCUGCAAGGAGGAAAAACUCAGCAUCUUCUGUGGCACUCCCAACUACAAGGCCCCAGAACUGUUCGGGCUUGAACCAUACGAGGGCCCGAAGGUGGACGUCUGGAGCAUGGGGGUCGUGCUAUACAAGAUGCUGACCGGAGUACGUCCGUUUGGGGGAAAAACCUUAGAAGAACUGGAGGAGCACAUCUUGAGUGGGCACUUUUCUCUUCCGGCUUUUCUAUCUGUACCGUGCCACACACUCUUAAAGACAAUGAUCGACAUCGACCCCGGCCGAAGACCCAACGUGGGAUUUCUUCUGCAAGAUGCCUGGGUGAAUAUCGGGGAGGCUGACCAAAUGACCCCAUACAUUGAACCAGCCUGCACUGACAUCGACCCCCAGGUCACUGAAAUCAUGCGGACACUUGGGUAUGAGCAGGAAGAAAUAGAGUCAUCCCUCACGGAGAAGAAGUUUAAUAGUGUGAUGGGCACAUACAGGAUAUUAAACAUGCAACUUAACACCGGCAUCCAAACAGUAAAAGUAAGCCCCAGGUCCUCCUGUGACUCCAACAUAACAGUUUGUACAUCCGAGGGGACUUGGAGAUCAGAGACGGAAGGCAGCAACCCUCGGAAUACACCAACGAGCCCAGAGUUCAGUGUGCCCAUCACCACACCACCGGGGGGCCUGGACUGGGGUAUUGCCACCCCUCCAAUUAGAGUGGAGGUGAAGAGGGUCAUCCGGUCAUGCAUGUUGCACAUCACCCCUCAAAAAUCUACAUUCAGUUGGAAGCUGGAAAUCAGUGGGAGUAUUUAUACCACGGAAAUUAGUGAAUGCUACAAGCAAGGGCUCCACACUAAUAACCCCCAGCCGGUUGUUAAGCUUUUGCCAGGAGCCUGUGGUCCAGGUGUCCUCAGGAUUAAAAUUAGUUGGGAUGAGUUGGUUGAGCGGCCGGUCCGGUUCCUUCUCUUUCCCGCGGCGCCGCCAACCCUUCUCUUCCCCCCGGGGAAACCGACGUGCCCACGAGCAAUGCGGCGCCCGGUGCCUACCUGGUCGUCCUCAAAAAUGAUUUUGGCCGGGAUUUCCUUGCGAAUGAUCUUCCCGAAGAUCGUGUCGCCACCAGGCCGAGCGGCCUGA